CGACCGGAUAUUUAUAAUUCUAACUCCAUCUCGACUUGUUUGCACAAAUUUCAUAUAAUAUAGAUCUCUUUGCAACUUUUUAUUAUCAAAUGAAUUAAUUCUAAACCUACCAAAAAAAUAUUAAUCACAAAAAAUAAGCCCAAAUCCCAAAAAUUACUAGUUUGAAUCUUCGUCACUAUCAUCCCCACGUUGAGACAUUAAUGAUUUGCUCUGCUUUCCAAACCUUAGUAUUUAAUGUAGCAGCUCAGCACCCCACCCAACACGCCCCACUCCUAUCCAUCCACGAUUUUCUCUUAAUCAAAUGGCCAUUUUCACCACCCCAUUUAUUCCCCUUCUCUCCCAAUGUCAACCACCAUCUCCUCCCUCCUCCGCCCACCACCACCUCCACCGCCCUUAAACACCACCACCAGGUCCACCACCACCAAAAACCUAUUUUCACAAAACCUCAGUUCAAUCGGCUUCGGCUACGCCAUUGCCAUAGCCCUUGGCUUCCUCGUCCUCUUCUCCACCAUUCUCCUCGCCUCCUACAUCUGCUGCCGCUCCGUCACCUCCCGUCGCCGCCGUAACCUGCAAAGAACUACCAAUCCUGAAAACCCUAACGAAAACAGUGUCUACCUCCCUCGAAUAAUUUUCGUGGCCGAGGAUGACGACGAGAAUUCUUCCCAAAACGUCGUUGGGCUCGAUCAAGCUGUCAUUAAUUCGUAUCCGAAGCUUGUCUUCUCCAAGAAAAACAGAAUUACCGAUGGCGAUACCUUGUGCGCCAUAUGCUUGUGCGAGUACAAGGAAUCGGAGAUGCUAAGGAUGUUGCCCGAUUGUAAGCAUUAUUUUCAUGUGACAUGUGUUGAUGCGUGGUUGAAGCUUAAUUCAUCGUGCCCCGUUUGCCGGAAUUCGCCGCUACCUACGCCGCUGUCAACGCCGCUGCAGGAGGUGGUACCGCUCUCUCAGUACUCUGACGGGCGGCGGAGGACAUGAUGGAAAGGGGUAGUGGUAAAUUUUAGUUAUUUUUCGAAACUCUAGGGGUCGGCAUGAAAAUGUAAAGAAGUUUUGGGGUAGUUGGCAUUAAUAGGGUGUUUUUUUUUUUUGUUUUGAAGUGUGAUUUCUAAUUAGGAAGAUUAUUCUGAAUAUGGAGAAUUGGAGAAAUUAAUGAAAUUACAAAUAUUCACGAAUUAA